AUGGAAGGUAGAUCUAAAAAGACAAUCAUCUUUUUGCUGUCAUUUGUGACUUGUUUGCUGGCUAUUCCACGGGAGGAGUUUUAUUCCUUUGGACAAAAUUCAGGGGAUACGACUGUGCCCUCAAACGAUGAUGGAUCAUCUGAACAGAUCACUCUACAGUUUGGCUCAUUCUCUUACUUCGAAAAGCAGUAUACUAACCUGUUUGUGAACCCAAAUGGAGUUAUCUCCUUUGAUGCUGCAGUCUCAACUGUCACUCCUCAAUCAUUUCCGUUGUCCGGAUUGUUUCUGAUUGCCCCCUAUUGGGCUGACGUGGAUACAAAUGGAACAGGUACUGUGUACUACAGGGAGACACGAGAUAACGAUGUUCUAAGACAAGCUAGAAACGAUAUAAUGACGUUUUUUUCGAGAAGAUUCCUUCCAAUUUUUGUUUUCAUUGCCACUUGGGAUAGAGUUGGACACACUGACCGGACCAAAGAAGAUGCCUCAGGGAGCACCAAUGGAUUUGGGGGAACCCCUGCACAAGUUGGAUUCAAUGCUGGUGAUGGGAAGAGGUUCUUUAGUGUGCCAGGCUCACUAAUCAUGAAUAUUGAUUCCACUACCAAUGUGAAUAUACCGGGCGUAUGGACAUUUCAAGUCAACGGUGAUAUUGCACGAUGCUCUGACCCUGAGGACAUGGAAAAUAGUAAGCCUUAA